GUAUAUGGUGAUAUGAGUCCUGUUCACAGUUUCACAACGUUACCAACAAUACCUGAAACACCGUCUGGACCCAAGCUUGUAGCCAAGACCAAAACGUCUUUGCAGUUGAAGUGGAAUUCUGUACCUGAUAACGGAAGUAAAAUAGCAAGCUACCUUCUGGAAUGUGAUCAGGGUAGAUCAGAGUUUAUAGAGGUUUAUAAUGGACCACAGAAGCAGUUCAAAAUUACUAAAUUGUUGCCCUCUAUAAAAUAUUCAUUUAGAUUGGCUGCUGUAAAUAGCUGUGGAAAAAGUGAAUACAGUGAUCCAGUAAGCUAUCAAACAAGUGGUUCACCUCCAUGUCAGACUGAUCCCCCAUUGCUCUCAGAGCCAACGAGUAAGACGUUAGUAAUAUCUUGGAACAAAAGACCGUCUGAUCUAGUGUUUACCCUCCAAAUGGAUGAUGAAUCAACUGGCCAUGGCUUUCUAACUGUGUACAAUGGCCCAGAUAUAUCUUAUAGAGUUACUGGCUUGAAGAGAAACUCAGAAUACAAGUUCAGGUUACAAUCGCAGAAUGACGAAGGUUAUAGCAAGUGGAGUGACAUCGUUUGCUUCAAGACACUACCUGAUAGGCCGCAGCCACCAUCUAAGCCAGUUCUCAAAAUGAAACCUUCUUCCACAUUUUUCAAAAUUCAGUGGGAUGAGCCAAGAGAUUUGGGAGGUAUAUCUAUCAGUCAUUACAUAGUCCAUCUGUUGAAAAAUCAAGCAUACGAAGAAUAUUCUACAGUCCAAGACAAAGAGGUAUGUGUUGAGAAUUUGACCCCAGGUUGUACCUACAAGGUUAAAAUUCAAGCAGCUGGCAAUGGAGGAGUCAGCGAGUAUUCAGAUAUGUUAACAGUAACCACACAAGCUGUUCCACCAUCUCCCUGCAAACAACCUAAGCUAUGCGGUGGGAAGCCAAAACCCUCCCAUUUCAGUAUAACUUGGGACCCCCCAGAUAACGAUGGUGGAGCGGCAGUAGCUGAGUACGUAGUAAUGAUAAAGAUGGUUGAUAGAGGUGAGGUUGUUAAUGAUAACGAAGAAAGUAGAAGUCAGGAUGUUUAUAGAGGUGCAGAUACAUAUUGUACAAUUGCGGGUCUUGCUGCAGGAAGACUGCAUGAAGUCUUUGUAAAGUCAUAUAACAAGGCUGGGUGGAGUGAAUGGUCUGACCCACUUAGAGUGACAACUGGCUGUUCGUCGCCUGAUCCUCCUUCUCCGCCGGUUGUUACCUGUCGCUCUCCUUAUUCUUGUACGCUUAAUUGGACGGCACCAAAUAACAACGGGGCCGAAAUAACGGAAUAUCGUCUUUUUGGCAAACUAAUUAAGGAGGAAUCAAACGGUAAAAUGGAGGAUCUCGGAAUACAUACAGAAGUGUUAAGUAAAAUUAGUGCAGAAACUGAUGAAGAUUUUGUUAUGGCUUUAAAUAACGUCGGAUCAAGUUUUCCAAGUCUGUCAUCAACAUGUCAAACGUUACCAGGGUGUCCGUCUUCUGUUAUAUCUUUAAAAGUUGAUCAGGUAAAAGCAACUAGCUGCACGUUAUCAUGGAAACGGCCUCGGAGCAACGGCAGUUCAAUCCUAUCCUACAAUUUAGAUUUGGUUGGCUUCAAGAUAAUUUCCAUUGAGGAAGACUUAUGCACUGUAACUAUCAAUGAGUUGACUCCGGAUACCUUAUACAAAGCUCGCAUUCAGGCAAUAAAUAACGUAGGCUGCAGUCCAUAUGGGUCAGUCAUCAAAUUCUCAACAAUUUCACUUCCUCCUCUUUCUCCAAAGCUUGAGAUGGUCAGUUGUUCGGCUAAAUUUGUUAAGUUGAAAUGGGGUGAUGGUAAAAACAAUGACCACACAAAAUAUAUUUUGGAGAUUGCUGAAAAUGGAGAAAACUACGGUCAAAUUUAUGAAGGCACAAACCAUUCCUUCAAAGUCAACAAAUUGAAUGAAUUGACAGAAUACCACUUUCGAAUUCAAGCGUUCAAUGAUGCUGGAGCCGGCCCAAUUUCUGAUCCGAUAAUCAUUACCACCAGCAAGUCACCACCGCCCCCUGUUAAAGCUCCUCAUAUAGCUAACAUCAGUACAACUACUUGCAAGAUCAUGUGGCCAUCUAUUAAAAUUACUGGUUGCCAAGAUGAUAUUCAGUACAAUCUGCAAUUGCUACGACCCUCCGACUCAUCAUUCCAACAGAUAUAUCAAGGUCCGUUGUGUAGUUUUGAACUCUUCGAUUUGGCACCGAAUUGUGAAUAUCAGACUCGUGUAUGUGCAAUCAGAAAACAAUCAUCAUCUCGGCAUGAAAUCGUUGUCGGACCAUAUUCGCCUACUACUGCCUUUAAUACAAAGGUCAAUAUAGGAUCAGCAUCGCCGUCCUCGCAGCCUAAAAAAUGUUUGCCGUCGUCGUCACUGCGUGUGUCAUACAUUGAUGGUUAUUUUCAAGUCAAGUGGCUUAACGAUAAAACUUGCGCAAUUGCUAUUAUGACGAUUUUUUUGAUGAUUGCUCUAGUGGUAUCCUAUAUCGUUUCACAUUACAUGUCUUUUCAAUUUCCAUCAUCCUUUUCAUCUAUAUCGCCAUCUUCGUCGUAAUUAUUAACCCUCACUAUUUUAUUUUAUGAUUAACAUUUAAUUUGAAUUAUGUUAAGGUUAUUGUUUUAUUGUCUAGACAUUAAUUUUCUUGUUUUUUGUUGUUUUUUUCUAUUCAGUUAAUUUCAUGGCUAUCAAAGGUAAUAAUUUGUUUAUCGUUGGUACCUAAACGCAAUCAUAUGAAUUUUUUUAACUUGAAUCAUUUAUGGUUCUGAAUUCCGCUCUGUUCCGUAAAUCUCCCGGCUGUUGUUUAGUUUGUUUUUUACACAACUUUCAGCAUAUUUCUUCUUUUCAUCUAAUGGGAAAUAUUUCUUGUUUUUAAAGCCAAACUUUUUUUACUUUCUUAACUAGUUCCCAAAAUGUAAAUAGGCCUUCUGCCUGCCUAAACGUUUUAAGAUUAUCUUUCAUUCAACUUGUCUAAAUUGAUUAGAUUGGUUGUACCCACUGUUACAUUAUAAUGCUGCAAUAUUCGUUUCAAAUGAUUAUUAUCAUCUUGAUUCUAUAAUUUUACGUUUAAAUUACUAAUAAUUGUUAAAAUC